AUGGCCACGGCCACAGCAGCAACAACAACAGCACCAGCACCAGGAGGUGGUUUCGAACUUGCGGGCCAUGCCCCGACUCUGAAUCCCACAUUGUCAUCUUCUGCUCCGGUAUCCGCAUCCGCGUCCGCGUCCGCGUCUCUUUCAUCCUCAUUCCCCUCGCAAAGCGCUGUCGCAUUCCAUACUCCCUCAGCGUCAGCCAUAUCCUCAGCAACCUCGCCCUCUUCACCCUACCACGCCCAUCGACUGAGCCACAACUCGUCCAAACUUCCAGCCUUUCGAUUCGCCGACUUACACAAGCAGCACCAAUCCCCACGACUAGUGCUCCCCUCACUGCUGCAGCACAUCCCGCCCUCGCCUGUUUCGCCUAAAUCCGAUCCGGUCUCCAACGAAACCCAAUCUGCUGCCAGUGCCAGUGCCAGCACCGUCACUGACAUUGACAUUGGCGUUGGCAUUACCACCGCUACCGACACCGCCUCUCCCACCACCCUGCCAACAACGUCAGACUUGCAGCAACAUCGACAACCACAACACAACAACGCUCAAUCCGACACUAACAGCCCACAACAACAAGACACUCGACCGACUUCACUCCGACCGAGCCACGAUCGCCGCCCCUCCCGCCGCCAACUCUCCCAGCUCUCACCUCGAAUUUCGAGCCCCAUCCACGAGCUGCCCGAGUCGCCUCCCAAACUCAGUCCGCGGUCCAGAGCAUCGACAUACCAGACCGUUUCCCAGUCCAUCCCUGCGAACACGGCCAUUUCAUCAAGGCGGCCCGCCUCUUAUCCUGACUCUCCUGUCAUCGUGCAGUCCUUUCCACCCCACAGCGACGACUCAGAAUCCAAGACAUCUGCCCUUCCCACCAGAUUGCAAACUCGACGGGCCGCAGCAUCUCGAUCCCGCGAGUCAAAUGCGACCGACGCCAAGUCACCGCCUGUAGAGACUGACCCCACGCAUCCCUCCGACACCACCGACGACGCUCAAUCCCCGGCCGACAGGACAACCAAGGACUGGGCCCAGGGUCAGCGCGAACUAUUGUUACCAAAAACCCUGCAGAACUCGAGUCCGACAGAUGAGAAACGAAAAUCGGUAGCGUCGCGACCGCCCGUUUCUUUCAAACCUACUGCCGCAAGCACCUCGACCACCUCGGUGCGCGUGGCUCCUAUCCGCUCCUUUCGAUCAUCCGGGUCUCGUCGAAGCCUGGGACUCGACACCAGUACCUCUACGAUGCGGUCUUUCGACUUUGGCGACGAAUUCGUCGAUUCCAACCAACGCGACCGCACCUUGCGCGCACUCGAAGGCAGACGCGACGACGAUUACUCGCAAAUGACACCGCCACUGUCCGCCGAGGCCGACGACACCACCGGUGACGUCUUUAUGAAAAUCGCGAGGCAAGAGCCAACACGUCGUGGCUCUGGCGAUGUUGCGCCAGUGGAACAGCCAAGUGCCAUAGGUUUCGCCAUGGACGACCGUGAGCUGACCGACGAUGACCAACAGGCCCGUGUCGCGAGGUCCUCCCAUCGUCGACCCCUCUCGGCAGCUGUCCCAUUGUCUUAUCAUCAUCCCGUCUCCCCGCCCCAGAUCAGUCGUCGCCUUUCCGACCAGCAAGAGACCUCGAAAAAGCGGGUGCGACAACCAGACGACGAAAGUGCUGCUGACCCAAUGGCACGCGCGUUGGCGUACCGAUCAACCCUGACUCGAGACCGUCCAGCAUCUGUUCAUCCCGCGGAGGACCUUGGACGCGCGAAGACCUUCCACUCUGCCGGCCACUCGGCCAGUCGCUCUACCGUCAGCACGUCCCGAUCUUUCACCUUUCAAGAUCCGAUGGGCGAGAACUCGCCGUAUGCACGGAGGCGACCUUCGCUGACCGACAGCAACACCGGCUACGCUGCUCGUAACUCGGCGUAUAGACAAUCGAACCUCUCAUACGGCCAAACACGCACAUACAAUUCCUCGCCAUUGGUUCCGAAAUCGACCGAGUCUCCGCGUACUGAAGCGCAACAAGAUACUAGUCACGGGGUUGAGGGCACAGAGUCGACAGCAACGGCCUCAACGAACGCACCCUCGACUGUGUGGGACGAGUUGGACGAUCUCAAGUCGCGAAUCCAUCGCUUGGAAUUGACCGGCAAGCUGCCUGCAACCUCCGGCGCCGCAAUGUCUCGAGCCUCGGAUGAGCGUCCGCCGACCGCAACCAACACCACCAUGUCCACUUCGCCGAAACGAACCCCGGGCAGUAACCAUCCUCAGCAUGAUGCCGUCAGCACCACAUCUUCGCAACGCGAAACCCAGCAGCCCAUCCUGCUCUCUGCUGUCAGCAAAUCAAAGCCCUUCCUUAGUGACGAAGUAGCCCGAGCGCUUGAGGUGGCUGCCACGGACGCGCUGGCACUUGCCAACAUGAUGGGCACAGCAGGUCAACCGGGCCCCAUUUCGAGCGGUGCAAGCACUAUCGGCAUUGGCACGAACUUGACCGAUCGCCAGUUGCGACGCAAGGCCGACAGCAUUUGUCGAAGCCUGACAGAGCUGGUUCUGGCACUGAGUGAGGAAGCGGCCGGCAACAGGACUGUCCAAGUCAACGUACCUACCCCCAAGGAAACGACGAAUCCUUCUACCCCGACGGUUGUCAAGACGUUUACCGGUGGAGCCGCUCAACGACGCUCUAGUAUAACUUCGGAGCAGCCAACCCUCCCAAAGCCAAAUGCCAAUGCCGUCACCAGCCCCAGAACCUUGUCCAAAUAUGAGGAGAGGCGCAGCACCAUGCUCAACUCGAGCUCGCUGCCGAGCCCUAGAUUUGCUCUACCGCCUGGGACAAUCCCAAGCACUCCAGGAGACGGCAGCAAGACGGCUCACCGGAAGUCAUCUCUGUUCAUCGGCCGAUCUCGUCGUGCGGUUACCGAGGAGCCCGAAGAUGGUCGGAGGUCUUCGAUGCUCUUGAGAACCCGACGAGCGGGCACCGAGGAGCCCGAGGACUCGCGCGAGAAUGGCCGUCAAACCUCCCUGCUCCGGUCACGCCGGGGUACUGUUGGAGAAGAUGACGACGAGUCUCGAUUCCGUGCCCCCUCACGAGCUGCUACGGAGCUCACCACACCGGCUCGCGCCGCCUCCCACACCUACCACUCUCAGACAAGUCCGAACGAAGUGUUAUCGCCAGCUUCUUCCGCCCUCCCUCGCAGACGAUUCGGGGCAUCGUCGCUUACAUCUCGCCUUGUCGCGCCAUCUACGCCAUCGCUGGCAACACGCCGGUAUCUCGAGAGAACCCCCGAGCGCGAACAAUUCUCCCCGGCCGAGAAACCCACCGAAGAACGGCCGCAACAGGCUGUUGCGCAGCCGCGGCACUUCUCCUUCAGCCACACGUCGCUGCUGAACCGGACAAGCAGUGUCAGCCGCAGGCCCAACCGCGACAGCACAAUAACGAACUCAUCGACAGCUGCCCAAUCUGGCAGCUAUCGAUAA